GACUUAGGUUUGUCGUGGAGUGGAGAGAUUUAUAUUUAUUUCACCUGGAUUCUCAUUCAGAGUUUGUAAUUUUAUGGUGAUGAAAACGCCUAGUGUGUCAACACCUUUAAACACGGAAAGUUUACCUUUACACGAGACUCUUAUUUACCAAGCUCGACCUUGAUAAAUUCUGAUCAUUACUGAUGGGCCACAUUACUUCUUUCGUUUGAAGACAUUGAAGCCUCAUCUGCUGAAAAGGAAAAGCUGUGUGUGUGGGACGGGAGCGAGUGAGAUGAUUAGCAGAAGAAGAAGAUGUUCCAACAAAGAAAAAUUUACUUAAUUGUUAUUGCUACCCGAUACUACUAAUUAAUUGUUAUCAUUACUUCCGUCAGUUAACAUUAAGAAGUGUGAAUUUUUAAACCGACAAUGUCUUCCAUGAAGAAAGAGGAUAAUGAGCAUGAGAAAAAGUCCGAAGGAUUCUGGGAGUCGGACGAAUUUUUGUGUCAACGAUUACAGGAACAAGAAGUCUUCACAAGUAAAAAGGGUUCUUUGGCGAUGGAACAACCAUGUUUGAAACGAAGACGAAAAGUUUCCGGAACACAUCAUGAUGCACCACUAGCACCACAUCCCAUGUUCAUUGACCACGUGGUUGAGAAAGUGCUUGAUUACUCUUCCGACAUGAUGACCUCCGUGAAACAGUUUCGUCUGGUGUGCAAAAAGUGGAAUUAUAUCGCAACAAAAAAGUAUCGCACCACGUAUGGACGAAUCUGCUUUGAAAAUGAUUUUAACAGAAAAACAUCAAAGUUUAUUCAAGUGAUGCAAAACUGCUCGGACAUGUUAUUUGACAAGUUCAAGUUCAGUGGUGGUUUUGUUGUUUAUAAACCCUACCAGGGUCAUUACGGGUUUGAUAAAAUUUUCAACGAGCUGUUCCGAAUAUGUGUCCCGUGGAUGAAGACAUUGGAGUUUUCAUCGCACAACCCAUCAGACCUCAAGUUUCCCAAAAACAUCAGAAGAUAUGACUUGUCCAACGUUUCAACUAUAUCGUUUCACAUUUGCGUCUUUUACAAUAAUUUACAAGAAGAAAUGGUUGAUUACCUUGCAGGAUUGCUGGAUAUUUCAACCAACUUGAAAACCUGCGAUUUCCGUCUAGUCUCUGCCGAUCCAUCAAUGCAAAGCGAUGAUCAGAUAAAAAUAAUGCAAAAAUUUGGAACUGUGAUUGCUACGAAGAUUUCAAAAACGUGCAAACAUCUCAAAUUAAACAUGCUGAUUAAUGAUAACGUCAUUACCUUACUUGAAGGUAGAGAGUUGCAACUCGAGAGUUUGAUUAUUGAUUUUCAAAAAAUCGGAAUGAGUACAAAAGUGAUUGAAAGUUUUCUCAAAAGUCAAAGCAAGUCGUUGCAAAAUUUGGAAUUUAUCGAAGCCCCAUUCCAAGCAGGUAUGGAAUUACCAGAAUUACGACACUUAUCAUUUCUCAAGGUCGAGGGGAAACCGAAAAUUCCGUCCUUCAAGUUUGAGAGAGCACUUCCAAAACUAAAAUCUGUUGAAAUUCUUUUCUACUGGAUCUACCAAGAUGAAGACUGGUUAAAAAACGUUCUCGUUGACCAGGGACAAUCCCAAAGUGUGGUGGAUGUUGAAUUUCUUUGUGAAAUAAAUGAAAAAGACUUGUUCAUCCUUCAUCGAAUUACCAAAUGUUUUCCAAAGUUAAAACGACUCAGCGUUGUUCUUAAUACUCCGACAGCAUUAUCCAUCCUGUUUUGUGAAAUGACGUUUCUUGAAGAUCUCGAAAUCAGCUUCUGUAGAGAAUUCUGGGGGUAUAGAGGACCAGAUAGGAUGGGAAAGGUGGACGCUGCAUUUUGUGGUCUUCCUGCAGAUUUAUGCAUCCGACUGUUACGACAAUGUGACUUCUCGUCUACAGAGAUACCAGAAACGAUGUGUCGUGAGCCGUCAAUUAGAGAUCUUACACAAUUGCAAAAACUAAAAAUUCGAGGAUAUCGGGCAGAUCAAAUCCCUCUCACGGAUGUCACUGUUCACUUUGGCCUACUAAAAAUGAAAAAGUUGACUCAUUUGAUUUUGGACAUAUUUCCGAUUUCAAAACAGUGUCUCAUGAUCCUUGGCCAACACGUCAAACUUCAACUCCUUCCAGGUCCCCCAACCCUUUCAUAACCUAAACUUCCGAGGAAAAAAUCGCAACCAUUUUCUCCAUGACGUUUCACCAUUUCGACCAAUCAGUCUGAUUUACAAUGCUUACAAGAAUUGAAUGAAUACCUUUAUCAAACAAUAGUCAAAUAUAACAAUAAUAGUACCUUAAUUUUUAAAUGUUAUGUAUUAAACGUGAUAUACUGCUGUCAAUCUCAACUACUCAACUAUUACAACUACUACGCAAAUUUGAAGUGAUCUUGUCUGCAUAAAAUGAAUGAUAAUAAAAUAAUCUACAGUUACUCAGCGUAAUCCAACUUUUGUUGUAGCACUAAGUUCCUUUUACAAUGAUGGCCAAAAUUCAGAAAUGUAUAUAAUUAUACAAUAUCCCUUAUGCAAAUGUAUUUUUAUGAAGUUGAAAUUGAUCAAUGAAUAAUAUAAUGAAUGGGUGUCUGGAAAAUAAAUGCAAAAAACUACAAUCAUA